GAUGUUUUAUUUGAUAGCAAAAACCAAGUAAAAGUCCAAGAAGUCUAUAAAUGAGGAGUUAACUAAUGGUUGAAACAAGUGAAAAUAACCGCUAUACCAAAACUGAUCCUCAAAAUAACUAUCGCAAGAGAUCAAGCUUACUGGAUACUAAAGAAAUGAAGACACUUUGCUCGGUGGAUGGUCUUUAUCUCGAUGGAGAAUAUACCAAAAACAAGAAAAGAAUAUCAGGCGAGAAAGAAGAAUUCCCUGGAAAAGAAUCAAUGAUUCCUGAUGCAUAUUAUGAUGAUUACUCAGGAAUACUGAUGGCUGGUGGUAGUAGUGAAGGAGAGCGUAGUAUGAGAAGUGUAUCGCAUGGUUCGACAUCAGUUAUUGGACGGAGGAGGUCGAUGGAAGAUGCGGUGACUGUGGCACCAGGAGGUGUGGUAGCUGGUCAGUCUGAUGUCUAUGAUUUCUUUGCUGUUUAUGAUGGACAUGGUGGAGCUAGGGUUGCCAACGCAUGCAAAGAAAGGAUGCACCAGUUGGUGGCUAACGAGUUGAUUAAGAAAGAAAGGUCAAGUGAUGAGAGUUAUUGGGGAAAGGUAAUGACGGAGUGUUUUAAGAAAAUGGAUGAUGAGGUGACUGGCGGAGGAAAAGGGAACCUGGAGGGUGGUGAAGCGUUGGUGUUAUCGUCGGAGAAUACUGUAGGAUCGACGGCUCUGGUGGUUAUGGUGGGGAAGGAGGAGUUGGUGGUGGCUAACUGUGGGGAUUCUAGGACUGUUUUGUGUCGCGGGGGUGUUGCUGUAGCUUUGUCCCGUGAUCAUAAGCCUGACAGGCCUCAUGAGCGCGAGAGAGUUGAAGCAGCCGGUGGAAGAGUCGUUAACGGGGACGGUAACCGAGUCCUAGGUGUACUUGGUACUUCAAGAUCAAUAGGAGAUCAAUAUUUAAGGCCUUGUGUAACCUCAGAAGCAGAGGUUGCAGAGGUUACAGUGAUCAAGCGAACCGGAUCGGACGAAUUCGUUGUGAUAGGAACAGAUGGCUUAUGGGAUGUUAUCUCUAACGAAUUUGCUUGUGAAGUUGUGAAGAAGUGUUUACGUGGGCAGAUAAAACAUAGAAGUUUUUCAGAUGAGUAUAAUAGAAGUCAUGCUGCAGAGGCAGCGGCAAUGCUAGCCCAAUUGGCAAUGGCUAAGGGGAGCAAAGAUAAUAUCAGUGUCGUAGUAAUUGAGCUAUAAACAGCUGGAAAUCGAUAGAUCCCCUCUUUUUGUAAUGUUUUAGGCUUCUAUCUUGGAAGUUUCGUACUUGUUUAUUCUGUGUUGGUGAAUAAAUAAAACUAUAAGAGUGUAAGUUUGAAGUA